CUGUUCAAUAAAGUGUAAAAUACAGUACUUUCGUUGCCAAUUGCAUUGCUGUAAACUUUUUCUUAUGCUAUAUAUAUCGUGUAACCUAGCUGACAUAUCGGAAACCAAGUUUUAUUGAAAACCAGCAUUUAACUAAAGAUUCCCGCAAAAGAAAGAUGAUUGGAAUGAAAAAUCUGGGGAAAUGUGGGGAAAAUUAUUAUUCAUUUACAGAAAGCACAAUAAAUAGAGCCAGUUUUUUGGGUUCCUUUUCAUUACGUUUUUCUCUUAAGAAUGAGUGAUCCUAAAGUUGUCGAGACGAAUGAAACUGGCUUUGAAGAUGGUCAACCCUAUGAGAUGCAAACAUUUGCAAAUGCUGUUGAAGUAGAAAGAAAAUUAGUAAGAACUCUUGACUAUCGCUUAAUGAUCUGGGCCUUUUUUGGUUACUUUGCCAACGGUUUAGACCGAAACAAUAUGCCCAAUGCAUACACUACGGGUUUAAAGGAAGAUCUGGGCCUUAUUCAAAAUCAAUACAAUUGGGCUCUUACAAUGUUCUUUAUUGGUUAUAUUGUAUUACAAAUCCCUGCCAAUUAUAUUAUCACUAAGGUUCGUCCAAGUAUCAUGUUGCCUCUUGUUGUCUUCCUUUGGGGAGCCGUUGUCUGUUUCAUGGCGCUGGUCAAAAACUACCAAGGUCUGUACGGUCUUCGUAUCUGUCUCGGUUUUGCCGAAGCAGCCUUCUAUCCCGGUAUUGUCUUCUUGUUGGGUUCAUGGUAUACCAAGGAAGAAUUAGGCACAAGAACUGCCGUUUUUGUUGCUGGCUCUCAAAUGUCUGGUGCCUUCAGUGGUCUUAUUUCUGGCGCCAUUUCACAACACUUGGACGGAGUGCACGGUAUGCGUGGUUGGAAAUGGCUCUUUAUCAUUGAAGGUCUCAUUGCAGUCGUGAUUGGCAUCAUUGGUUUCUUCAUAUUGCCUGAUUUUCCUCACAACACUUCUUUUAUUCGUGGUGAUAUGCGUGAAUUGGCUAUUCAGCGUCUCGAACGUCAAGGCAGAAGCUCAAUGGUCUCUGGCCUGAACUGGACCACCUUCCGCAACUUGUUUACUACACCUUUUAUCUAUCUGUUCACAGGUAUGUUUAUCUGUUUCCAGAUGGGUAUGGGUAUUCUUCAAAACUUCCCUAUUAUUCUCAAGUCAAUGGGCUACGAUGCUUCAUUUGCAAACUAUAUGAUGGUUCCUAUUUGGAUUUGGGUGGGUGUUGUUAUUAUCGCACAAGGCUACUUAUCAGACAAGUAUGGAAAGCGUCCUUAUCACAUCAUGGCUGGAGGUCUCUUCACGCUAGUCUGGUACAUUGUUCUCGUCGCCGUGAACGGAGGUCACCUCCCUGUGCCCCUUUUAUUCGUUUGCGCCUAUAUGGUUCCUCCUGUCUAUGGUAUUUCGCCAAUUAUGAUGACCUGGGCCAAUGAGAUCUACUCUUGUGACAGAGAAUCUCGUGCUCUUGCUAUUGCCAUCAUCAACUCUAUCGGUAACUUAGCUCCUAAUUUCAUCAACGUCAAAGCUUGGGAUGUCUCCGAUUCUCCUUCUUUCCGUCUUGGCAAGAUUGUUACGAUGGCAAUGACCGCUGCCAUGGUUGUUAUGUGCGGCAUAGCUUACUUUUUGGAUGCUAAACAAAUCAUGAUUCCAAAGGCACCUCAGCGUGUUAAGGAUAUCGAAACAAAUGAAAAGAAGCCCGACCAUGGAGAUGAAUUGUAAUUAAUAGUACACAGCUUUCUCCUUUUUUUAAUGUAUAUAUAUCCUAUAUGUAUUUAGUCCCUGUAAUAUUUAUAUAAUAAUAGCCAAUUUUUACCCUUGUAAAACCUAGACAUUUUCAUUUUCUUUUUUUUUUGUCCCUUUGAUCCCUUUUUUUUU